AUGGUGGCGCGGGAGGUACUGAGUAUGCAGUGUGUCAAGUGUAUGGGGCGAGAUCUAAGGCAGGGUAGCAAAUUCGCGGCGAUAAUCGCCCAACUAGCCACAAAAAUAGCCAAAGCGGGAAUCCCCGCCACCCGGACUGUGUCGCCCGAGCGGGAAUCCCCCGCCACCCGGACUCUGUCGCCCGGGCGGGAAUCCUCGCCACCAGGAUCGCAGGGGCUAAAGAUAACAUCAAUAACUCCUCUUCCUCCACGUCAGGGGAUCAUAGAGUACUGUCUUCCUUCGCUGCAGAAGGAACUGUCAAAUCAGCCAGCGUCCACCGCAGAGACUGUCUCGCCUAGCAUCGCGCCCAGUGUGAACAUACCCAUAAUAACCAAAGUCAGCCUGACUCUCUUGAUGUGGUCUAGGGGUGAAGAAAGUGUCAGAACGACUGUGUUUGAGGUGGUGAACAAAAUGGACAGCGCCAACCUUACUCACUCUCUUGUACCUUGGGUAUCUCAUGCCCGUCGGUUGAGAGUGUCGUCCUGGUGCAUGACGAUAGCAAUAGUGAGCGACGACCAAACUUUCCUCACUGCCUUCGCUGAAGUAUCUGAUAGAACUCGCUUGAUAGUGUGGGAGAUGAGGCUGUUAGUGGUAACGAAGCGCUACCCACUGCUUCGAAGUCUACUGCGAAAUUACUGGGAUUUCUCCAUGAUGAACACCCUGUUCCUUAAACAGAAUGAUAUCAGCAAAAACGGAUGGAGAGCAUUUGUGUACCUACCCUAUAGCCAAGAUGGAGGCCAAGUUAUUCGCGUCGCUAGCUGGAAGAAAGACUAUGGUCUAGUACCAGUAGAUGGUUAUUCUCUUUUUCCCGAUAAAUAUAAAAAUUUCCACGGGAGGGCGGUUAAUAUGACCGUGUUUCCGUUUCGACCUUACUGGAUGGACGUUACAUCGUUACCGGGGAAAAAUCGAGAUGGAGCCAAGGAGUCCAGAAUAACGGGGAGGGAUUAUAUAAUCCUGGAGACAAUAGCACAGAAACUCAACUUCUCUAUCAAUGUUCUUCCUUAUGGAGAAUGGGAUGAGGUUAUGAUGCGACUUGAGCUGCGCACGGCUCUCAUGUCACCAAUCAAGCUGGCUAUACUUCCUAACCUUCUGAAGAAAUAUGAUUUUUCGUUCUUUAUUGAGCCGGCCACAUUAGGGUUCAGCAUGGGGAAGCCUACACUAAAGCCCAGUUGGCAGAGUUUAUAUUAUCCAAUGCAGACUGAUGUCUGGGGUUCUAUCUUGGCUGCUGUUCUGCUUGUAUUUGGUGCUCUUCUCUUGAUGGUAGGUUUUUCCGGUGACAGUGAAACCUACAAGGUCUGGUCUGUGGUGAAACAGGUGGUUGGGACUCUCCUCGAUGAAACGAUUUCUGGGAAGCUGCCACAGAAGAGCUCGACGCGGGUGGUGUUAACGGCAUGGAUGAUUUUUUCCUUCAUCGUGGGAACAGUAUACCGCAGUAACCUAACAGCAUGCCUCACUGUACCCAAGUAUCCACCCCGCGCGGAAACACUUAAGGAACUGGUGAAAUCUCACGCUAUAAUCACUACGCCACCGGAUAUGGUUGAUUUUAUUAACAAUUUCAAGAAUUCAGGGUCAAAACUUUUCCAAACAGUGGCUGAUAGAACAAAGUUUGUUCCAUCCUUUCAAGUUGGCAUGAAGGAGGCCAUACAUAGCAACAAGGCUUACUUGUACGAACGGCUGAACAUGAAGUUAAUGAUCGCUGAACAUUUUACCGGAAAGGGAGCAUCCACACCCUUGUACGUGGCGCGGCAGAACAUCUUACCAGGCUAUUGUGGCUGGCCGCUUGCUCCGAACACACCCUUUAAGACCAACCUCGACGAGUACAUUUUAGCUUUCCACGGGGCUGGACUGAUUCAAAGAUGGACAACAAGAGUUUUAGAAAGGGCACAGUUCGACAGUCAGCGUCGCCAGAACAGAGCAGAUAAGGAAAACAACAUUCCUGAAGAGGAAGAAGCUACUGUUGGGACUCAGGUUACCAUGGCGCUUACUCUGGUCCAUAUGCAAGGUCCUCUUUUCCUCUACCUUAUAGGCGCAUCUCUCUCUCUUGGCGUUUUUCUCGGCGAGAUCAGCGUUUCCAUUUGUUAUCUCGAUCGCGGUAUCAGUUGGCUACAGUAGUCAUUAGUCCUUCCCCAGUCCCCACUGAGAUGUUAUUCAAACACGUCUUGUUACAAGUAAAAGUCAAGUUUUCAAAGAAUUCUGCCAUAUUAAUCAUAGCUAAUGGGGGAUUUCAUAAGGCAAAUAAUCAGAAUGUAGUAAUGAUGUACAUAAAGAAUCAGUGUAAAGCUUGAUCUUUCGCACUGACAUAUUAAUGAUUUGUCAAUGUACUGAAUUAUACUUAAAGCCAAUAAACUGGUAAUUGCGAGA